AUGGCUCCCAAGGGAGAUUCUCCCGAGACCGCUGAAUUGAUCGAGCUCUUCAAGUCUAUCGGCCUUACCCAGUCCAAAGCCGCAGAGGCUGCAAAGAGCGCGAAGAGCGCCGUGACGCUCAAGGACAUCAUUGAGCGUCAUGGUCUAGUCCAGAGGGAUAUCGAGGAGAAGCAGGCCGUCCUCCUCGCAAGCCUCGCCGUCCAGGGCUCGAAGCUGGGGGAGGCAGAACGAGAUUACGCUGUUAGCGCGAUCCUGGACAGUCGACUCAAGAGCACAGACCAAGUAUCUGCUGCCGUUAAGUAUCUCGAGGUGCACGCCCAUCCUAUCGAUCCCAAGGACUUCGACAAGCAGUGUGGCGUAGGUUUUAGCAUUACUCCUGAAGAGCUCGUUGCCCAGGUCGCCGACUACGUUUCCUCUAGUGCUGCCACAGGCUGGGCAAACCUCGGCACCGUAAUUGGGGGCCUCAAGGGCACCGACUUGCGAUGGGCGAAUGCACUUGAGCUUAAGAAUGCAGCAGAACGCGCGUUCAUUGAGAAGUUCGGACCGAAAGAGGCGGCAAAGCCUAAGGGAAAGGAGCCAAAGAAGGAACAGACUUCCAAGGCUGCAGCAGCAUCCGAGCCCGCAGCCUCUGCAUCUACCUCGAAACCUGUCUUUGCAGAGGGUUUUCUCGGAAGGUUACACAAAGUUGGAGAAAAUCCGCAGUUACAUCCCCAUCUUCGUGAACAGCAUCUUGCCGCCACCGGUGGUCUGGUCCACACGCGAUUUCCGCCCGAGCCGAAUGGGUUCCUGCACAUCGGGCACUCCAAGGCCAUUUUCGUCAACUUUGGAUAUGCUCAGUACCAUGGUGGACGCUGCUAUCUCCGAUUCGAUGACACGAAUCCGGAGGCGGAGGAGGGACGCUACUUCGAGAGCAUCCUGGAGACGGUGCGGUGGCUGGGUUACGAGCCGUGGAAGAUCACGUAUUCAAGUGACUACUUCGACAAACUCUACGAGCUUGCCGUCGAGUUGAUCAAGCGAGAUAAGGCAUACGUGUGCCAUUGUACUGCUGAGGAGAUUUACGCCAAUCGUGGUGGUGACGAACGCGGGCCUCGAAAGGCAUGCGUUCACCGCAGCCGACCGGUAUCAGAGUCAAUUACAGAGUUUGUCAAGAUGAAAGACGGCUUGUACAAACCCGGGCAGGCCAUCCUGCGCAUGAAGCAGGACUUGGAGUCUGGCAACACCAUGAUGUGGGAUCUGGUUGCAUACCGGGUACUCAAUGCAUCACAUCAUCGCACACACGACAAAUGGAAAAUCUACCCGACGUACGAUUUCACGCACUGUCUCUGCGAUAGCUUCGAGAACAUCACACAUUCACUAUGCACUACCGAGUUCAUCGCGUCACGCGAGUCGUACGAGUGGCUUUGCGACGCAUUGGAAGUCUACAAGCCCCGCCAGUCCGAGUACGGACGCCUGAAUGUGACGGGUACGAUCAUGUCGAAACGCAAAAUCCUUCAGCUAGUGAAGGAAAAACAUGUGCUUGACUGGGACGAUCCGCGAAUGUACACCCUGAUCGCGCUUCGACGCCGUGGCGUGCCGCCGGGGGCGAUCCUCUCCUUCGUCAGCUCACUGGGCGUGUCGACGUCCGCAACUAACAUUCAGGCCGUGCGUUUCGAACAGACUGUCAGACAGUAUCUGGAGAACUCGGCGCCUCGUCUUCUGAUGGUCCUACGGCCGGUCAAAGUGACGAUCGAGAACCUACCCGAGGACUACGUCCUCUGGCUAGAAAAGCCCCUGCACCCGAAGGUCCCAGAGCACGGCACGUCAAAAGUGCCAUUCACGCGCACGAUCUACAUCGACGCCGAUGACUUCCGUCUGGAGGACUCCAAAGAUUACUUCCGACUUGCACCAGGCAAGACGGUGGGGCUCUUCCAGGCGCCUCACCCGAUCACCUGCACCUCGUACAAGACGGAUCCCACGACUGGGCAUGUCACUGAGCUGAUCUGUCGGUUGGAGGAUGGAGAAGGUGCCGCGAAGAAGCCGAAGGCAUUCAUCCAGUGGGUUGCGGAGCAUGCUCCGUCCGGCAGCCCCGUGCGCGUGGAUGAGACGCGAAUUUUCUACCAAUUGUUCAAGAGCGACAACCCGGCCGCGGCGCUGCCCGACUUCAAGGCAGACAUCAACCCCGACAGCCUCGAGGUUGUCAAGGGCGCGAUGGUAGAGGUUGGGUUCUGGUCGCUGGCGAAGCAUGCAUACAGUGAGGCGCGAAAGGAGAGCAAGGCCCGCACGGACAAGGCGUUGCAAGCGUCUGCGGGGACGGCGGGGACGGUGGUGGAGCAUGACGACACGCCGAAGGCCACGAGCGAGCAGCUGGUUGGGAAGGAGUGCAUACGGUUCCAGGGCCUGAGGGUGGCUUACUUUGCAACCGACAAAGACGCCAAGCUGGCAUGCUUGGACGAGCCGGCUGAGGUCGAGCCGAGGCGGAAAGAGGGUGAUAUUGUCGUGCUAAAUCGGAUUGUGAGUCUGAAGGAGGACUCGGGUAAGGCCGCGUGA